AUGGAGAACGCCACGCUGGGUAACGUGACCGUGACUGACGCGUUGGCUCGGGAGAACCACACGCUCGGUGUUUGGACGGACUACAGCGCUGAAUACAAAGCGCUCAGCGUGCUGUUGGUGUGCGUCAUCUGCGGGGUGGGCAUCGUGGGGAACGUGAUGGUGAUAACGGUGGUCCUCACCACCAAACACAUGCGGACCCCCACCAACUGCUACCUGGUGAGCCUGGCCGUGGCUGACCUGAUGGUGCUGACGGCCGCGGGGCUGCCCAACAUCUCCGACGCCCUGUACGGGCAGUGGGUGUACGGCUACCUGGGCUGCCUGGGCAUCACCUAUUUCCAGUACCUGGGCAUAAACGCGUCUUCGUGCUCCAUCACGGCGUUCACCGUGGAGCGCUACAUCGCCAUCUGCCACCCCAUCAAGGCGCAGUUCCUCUGCACCCUGUCCAGGGCGAAGAGGAUCAUAGUGACGGUGUGGGCUUUCACGUGUGUCUACUGUGUGAUGUGGCUCUUCCUGUCCGACACCAAGAAGCUGGUUUACGACAACGUGGUCCUGGUCAGCUGCGCCUACAAGGUGUCGAGGAAUCUCUACUUGCCCAUUUACUUCACGGAUUUCGCCGUUUUCUACGUGCUGCCUCUCAUGCUGGCCACCGUGCUCUACGGACUGAUCGCGAGAAUCCUCUUCCUCAACCCGCUGCCGUCGGACCCCAAAGACGGCACCAAGAAAUGGAAGAAAGACACGUAUCAGGGCGGCCGGAUGGUCAGCAGAACUUCCUCCAGCAACGCCACUGCUGCCUCCCGCCGACAGGUGACAAAGAUGCUGGCUGUGGUGGUGAUACUUUUUGCCUUACUCUGGAUGCCCUACCGAACUCUGGUGGUGAUCAAUUCCUUCCUGGACAGAGCGUACCUGGAGGCCUGGUUCCUGCUCUUCUGCCGUCUCUGCAUCUACUUAAACAGUGCAAUCAACCCCAUCGUCUACAACGCCAUGUCGCAGAAGUUCCGUGCUGCUUUCAGGAAGCUUUGCCACUGUGGUCCUCAGCAGAUAGAGAAGCCUGCGUCAUACAGCGUGGCGCUGACCUACAGCAUCAUCAAGGAGACGUCCAACGGGGAAAGCCCCAACCACGUCACCACCGAGAUGGACGAGCUAACCACACUGACCGAUCGCAUCCUGCCAACUACCAAGAAUCUGUCAUUUGAGGACCCCACCCAUUUAUGGAGUGCGGACAAGGCCUGA